AUGCUCUUACUGGUUAUAAUUUAUUUCCCUACCACCUUGAUAGGUCCAAGUUCAGGUUUAUUAGUUGCAGCUCAAGAUGCUACAGAAGAUGAGGAAGCUGUGGAAGAUACUGUAGUUGAAGAUGAAGAUGAUGAAGCUGAAGUUGAAGAAGAUGAGCCAACAGACUUGACAGAGGAAAAAGAAGACGACGACUUGUCAGGAGAACCUAAAGCCUCACCUAGUGCUGAUACAACCAUCUUAUUUGUGAAAGGUGAAGACUUUCCAGCAAACAAUAUUGUAAAAUUCCUGGUGGGCUUCACCAAUAAGGGUACAGAGGAUUUCAUUGUCGAGUCUCUUGAUGCUUCUUUCCGGUAUCCUCAAGACUACCAGUUUUACAUCCAGAACUUCACAGCUCUCCCUCUGAAUACAGUAGUUCCACCGCAGAGACAAGCCACGUUUGAGUACUCUUUCAUCCCUGCUGAGCCUAUGGGUGGUCGUCCUUUUGGACUAGUUAUCAAUCUCAACUACAGAGAUGUAAAUGGCAAUGUGUUUCAAGACGCUGUCUUCAAUCAAACUGUUACAAUUAUUGAAAAAGAAGAUGGGCUGGAUGGAGAAACGAUCUUCAUGUACAUGUUCCUCGCUGGACUUGGUCUACUCGUCAUUGUUGGCCUACAUCAGUUACUAGAAUCUAGGAAGAGGAAGAGACCAGUACAGAAAGUAGAGAUGGGAACAUCAAAUCAGAAUGAUGUUGAUAUGAGCUGGAUUCCCCAAGAAACUUUAAAUCAAAUAAAUAAAGCUUCACCGAGGAGGUUGCCCUACAAGAGGGCACAGAAGAGAUCAGUGGGCUCUGAUGAGUAAAUGUUAACUAGUACAACAGUUGAACCUUUACUAAUUCUGCCUGUUUGGGUUUUUUGGAUUGGAGUAGUGCAGAGAAUCCAUAUCGCCAUAAGGAAAAUACUGCUAAACAUUUGAACUGAACAGAUUAACUGAAUGGUGUUAAUAUUACUGAAAAUGCACUUCUCUUUUUUGUUAAUUGUUGGAGGGGGGUGGGGGGAGAGGUAGCCAUUAAGACUUGUGCCUGCGUGUGUAAGCAGUUGGUCUUAACAGAACAUGUUACCUGAAAUGUGCCUUUAGAGUUCUUUGUAAUGCUGGCUUGCCAUCUGUACGCUGUCCUUGAAGGAUUUUUCUCCUCCCCCUAAUCUGAAUGUCUAGUGACUUAAUCUGUCUUGAUUGUGUCAUGUCUGUAUCAGAACCUGAUAUGCAUUUUUCUUCAGUAUUCUCUCCAGUGUGCACACACCAAAGUUUGUGUGCGUGGUCUUAUUUCAGUGGCAAGGCACUGAUCAUCCAGAUUUCUGCAUAGUUUGCAUUCUAAAGGCACAAUUGGGUAUAGCUGCUCGUAGUGGUAGAUACUUUGCUGGUUUGAUCUGGGCAUGCAGUGACCUAAAAUCUGAACAUAUCUGCAUAGAUGUUAGGAAGACUCUUACACAGCAGCAGAACUUGUGAAGCAUGAAAUUUGUGUGCUGAAUUGGUAUUACUACAUAAAUUUUUUUUAUACC